UCAUAUGUGCCUUUAUAGUAUAUAAUAUAAAUAGGUUCGAGAUAUAUUUAUAACAAUACAUAAUCGUUAUCGCGUUUUGCACUCACGAUGAUUCAAUAGAUAUACAUAUAACAUUGGAGGCUGAUGUAUCAAAAACAACAAACAACAAUUAUGAAAAAUGUGAUUAUUUUUAGUUUGUUCAGUGUGUUUUUUAUUUUGUGCAUUAAAACUAUACACGGUUAUAUUAAUGUAGCAAAGGAGUAUGGAUCGCAGGAGUCAAACACGAUCCAGACGUGGUCCUGCGCGGACAAAGACAGAUGCGAGAAAUCCUUCACUUCAGAGAGAGACAAAGCGAUUUCUUUGGAGACGUGUCAAAUGACGUGCGGAAACGUGCCUCCCUUGUGGCCCAAACCGACUCAACUUGAAAUCAUUCGCAAAGAUGCCUCGACUUUUAUGAAAGAGCACGUAUUUCUCACAAUCCACUCCCCGAAUGAUAAGGUAAAAGGAGAGUUGGAGGAAGCAGCGAAUACGUUCAUAAAUAACUUGGGAGGGAGCAACAGUUACGUGCUACAAGAUAAAGAGAGGAGAGUUCUUAAGUUGAAUAUCCACGUCAGAGAAGCUGAUUUGACACUCAGGAGCACAACUGACGAGGAAUAUGCCUUGUACAGCCAGAAACUGGACGACACGUUGCUGCUUGUGAACAUAUUCGCUAGUAAUUAUUACGGGGCAAGACACGGCUUAGAAACCCUUAGUCAACUGAUUUGGUAUGACCAUAUAACGAAGCGAUUCAGGAUAAUUCAUGACGUGAAAAUCAUCGAUAAACCAGCAUUUAGGCAUCGAGGGCUCUUAAUCGAUGUUUCCAGGCAUUUUGUUCCUAUAAAGGUUCUUCGGAAAGCUGUUGAGGGGAUGGCCGCCUCAAAAAUGAACGUGCUGCACCUCCACCUGUCAGACUCCUCAAGUUUUCCUUUGAUUUUACCUAGAAACGAGGAUUUUGCCAUAAAAGGGUCUUACAACGAGGAGUCUAGGUACACCCCAGAGGAUAUUAAGAAAUUGGUGGAGUAUGCGAGGAAAAGAGGGGUCAGAACCAUUAUGGAAAUUGACGCGCCUAGCCAUGUGACCCCUUCGGCUUGGCCCAAGGAGGAAAUACUCUGCAACAACCCUGACAUGUUCAAAACCACUUUGAACCCCGACAAUCCAAACGCCCUAAAAACCCUCGAAAGCAUUUACAGGGAUUUAUUGGAGUUGGGCACUGACAAGGAGACUUUCCACAUCGGAGAUGACGAAGUGAUCACUAGCUGCUGGACCAAUACUGACUCAGCAAGACAGUUACACAAUGACGUCUAUAAGGUGUGGGUCAACUUCACUAACGCCAUGUUGGAAAGGGUUAAACUGGCCAACAAUGGCACUAUGCCCAAGAAUGUGGUCCUGUGGUCCAGCCCUUUGACUGACCGAUAUAUCCACUCCUUGACGCACCAAGAAGAGUUGGUUGUCCAAUACUGGUUUGGCCAACUCAAAGGGAUAAUGGAGAGUAAUUUUAAAAUAAUCUUCUCGACUGUCGGUCAAUGGUACUUGGACUGCGGGUUUGGUCCGUGGAAAAAGAGCGAAGCGAACGGUGCCUGCGAUCCAUACACCAACUGGAGGAAGUUCUACAAGUACCGGCCUUGGAACGAGUUUCCUCAGAGGUUGGAUCAAGUGUUGGGGGGGGAAGUGUGUUUGUGGACCGAAGAAGUCGACGCGGAAGAUGUCGAGACCCGAUUGUGGCCCAGAACGGCCGCCUUUGCUGAACGGGUGUGGAGCGAUCCGGCGGAGUUCGACAGGAGCGACGUGUUUAGACGAAUUGACUUUCACUCUCGCCGAUUGAGGGCGAGGGGUCUGAGGGUGGCCUCCAUUUGGCCCGAGGUGUGUUCUCAGUAUCCCGAACGGUGCUGACGCUGACUGUAUUUUGUGAUUAAUUUUAAAUUAAAUUUUAUUUCAAAAAAUGUUCCAAUUUGACAAAAAUCUUUCGUAACUCUUUUAUUUUUUUAUUUACGAGUAAAUGUUGUUCUACAUAAUUU